GUACUCUGCGGAUACGGUGACAUUUUCCCGGAGCACAAAGACCUGGCAUUGGCCUACAGGAAGUUCCAGGUCGAGUGUGUGGAGGGGCGGGAGAAGGCCGCGCGUGUGUCUGUGAGUGUCAGUGCCAGAGACAGGGAAGGGGAGAGUGGAAAGGACAGGACCCGGCAACCCCAGGGCUGGGUUGUAGCGGACGCCAGACGUACACUUACCAGACGCACGGGCAGACACACAGGGAUACGCCACGACCAGACCACCGCCGCGCCUAUAUCGCUUGUGAUUGUUGGCAUCUGCUAACGGUGGUUUUGACUUGAACCGGAACCAGGUUUCUGCUCUUACCCCCAGUCCCCCCCUCCCCCCCCCUCAAUCUUCCCCAAGACUUCCCUCCUCUCUCUGUCUUGUUUGUUUGUUUGUUUGUAUCUCCCACUUUCUCUCUUUUAUCUCACUCCCUCUCUCUCUUUUUGUCUGUCUCUUUUUUAUGUUCAAACAGAGAGAUAGCAAAUCUUGUCCACAAAGCCCAGCCAUUCGCUUUGUAGGAACAACCACGUCGAAAAAGAUAGACAUAGAGAAAUAGAGCAAGCUAAGAGAAUAAAAAAAGGAAAAAGUGAAAGAAGGAGCUUUCGGAAAGAAGCAAGAAGAAAAGAAGAAGAAGAAUUAGGAGGAGGAUGGAAAAAAAGUGGAGAGUCAUGUUUUCUCCAGGUAAGCUGGCCAGCAAACACUGCGGGGACCUGGAUGUUGCCGAGCGCGUGGCGCCGAGAUUACCUGGCGGGCACCGAUUAACUGCCACUUCAGGGAGAGUUCGCGCAUACUUCUGCGCAUCUCGGAACCGGAACAAGACGUUGGUGGUGACUGCAGGGAGGAAAGAGGCGAAGAGGAGAGGUACUUGUAGUAAUAUCGCUACUCACGCCGCCCUCGCCCUUGUUUCUGACAGUCUUACUACCACCCCUACUUGUUGCAGUCAGAGCUGCUGUAAUAAAAAGAACUUUCUUCAAGCUCGGGCUGAUGAAUUGUGCUUUAAUACGAAAGACAAGAGAACUAUCGCCGCUACUACUGCUGCUACCACCAUAAUUGCUACAACCACUGAGGCCUCCAUCCCCACUCCUCUCAACGCCACAAAAACAACAACUAUAACGACAAAAACAAAAACAACCAACCCGUCUACCCCGACUCCUUCCAACACUAUUGUAACAACCAACAGUACCCCUACCCCACUCAUACCCCUAUCGUCACUGUCACCAUCCUCAUCCUCCACCUCCACCACUACCACCACCACCACCGCCUCAUCUCGUGCCAACCCCAGCACCACCGCCACCACCACCACCUGUUCGCUCCCCGUGUCUCCCGCCUCUAGCGCUGAGUCAGCCCCGAGCACCGUCAGUAUGAGCGAGAACAGCAGAAGUAGCAGUCGAGUUUUCCCGCUCAAACGGCUGAGCAGACGAACACUUAAUCUCAGACUUAACAGAACCACCACCACCACCA